AUGACUGCCAUCCGGCUACGAGAAUUUGUUGACCGCCGCCCAUCAAUGCCACCCAGUCUAUUCAUUGCUCACCAAGGAAAGGACAUCCAAGGCUACUACCCUGGGCAGCUGGCAAGAGUCCAUUACGAUUCUAGUGUGAAGAGAUCUCCCAGACCCCUCAUAGACUUGACCAUUUCACCCAAGAGAAAAAGCCAGUACCAGCCUCAAUUAGACCAACAAACCCUCAUUCGAUAUAUUUGCUUUCGAAGACAUCCAAAGGCUGCUGAACCAUGGUAUGAAGAAACCACUUACCAAAGAGACUAUUCUCUGCCAUUUUACAAGAUUGAUUGGGACCGGAAAUUAGCCACGAUUUCAUCAAAUCCUAGACCACUUAAUUCAUUGCCAGAGUUCUACUGUUGUGAAGAGAGGUGGCUUUGA